CGUACUGACGCCACGUGUCAGUUGUUCCUCUUUGAAAACGGACGAUGAGAAGCUCUCUCCCUUCUCUCGUCUGAACCCUAGCCGUAAACUAACGAAUUUAAAAUAAAUUUUACUAUAAAGCCCAAACCCUACAAAAAAUUUCUCUGCAAUCCAUUUGUUGCCAUCGAUCCUCUGAAUGAUUUCGAUGUCAUCGUCUCCUGCCCUCCCUCCGAAUUCCCAAUUCUUCCCUGUUUCGCUCAAUUCCAUCGCAAAGGGCUUGCUGAGGUGGAGCGAGACCCUGAUUCAGUAGAAAAGGAGGGUAUCUUAGAGCUGAUUCGGUUGGCGUUUUGGUAAAUAAUUGGUGAGUUGGAGGUCAGAUGCCGGAAGAGGAUUUGGUGGAGCUCAAGUUCCGGCUCUUUGAUGGAUCGGAUAUCGGGCCGAUCGGGUAUUCGUCGAGUUCGACAGUUGCCAUGCUUAAAGAGAGAGUAAUCUCCGAGUGGCCCAAAGAUAAAAAGAUAAUACCAAAAGUGGCAAAUGAUGUAAAGCUGAUAAGCGGUGGGAAAAUUUUGGAGAACAACAAAACCGUUGGCCAGUGUAGACCGCCUUUUGGUGAACUUCCUGAAGGGAUAAUAGUCAUGCAUGUUGUUGUACAACCAUCAUCUACAAAGACAAAAACUGGUAAACUGAUUUAUGGCUUGGAUGAAUAUUUUUGAACAUUCUUCUAAUUAUUAUGUGGAUCUGCAUCCAGGAAAUCUUAUCUGAUAGUUUGUGUCCUUUUGCUUUUGUAAAUAUCUGCAGCUAAAGAAUUAAGAUUUAGCAUGUGCAUCAAGUAAGCCAGAAAGAAUAAAAGUAGAAAGUUUGGGCCCUUCUGUUGACUGAUAACUUUGUUAAACCUUGAGCAACUGAAAUUGCUCUCAUCACUUAUAUAUGCUCCAGUUUUGGCUACUAUGCG